AUGCCGAGAUGGAUUCACCAAGGACCCAGAUUCAUCGAAGACGCAAUCGGACGAGUCUGCGGAGGACAUCAGAUUACGCUGGCGAAAUCCGGUUGCAAUCGUAAGCGCAGAGGCCGAAUCCGUGCGGCCGACAACAGACGAGGGAGGAUGCGGCUUGAGGAGAGUAGGUGAAAAUUCGUGAUUCACUUGGGUCUUUCGUUUUCCUUUUUGCUAAUUUCAGAGCUUUCAGUGACCGGCUUGCUGUACAAGUAUCAGCAUCACACUUGCUUGGGUACUUUCUACCUCCAGUGCACCGGAGCUCGGGAGUGA